AUGAAUCGUGCCUUGAUUCUCUUUAUAGCUAUAGCGGCUUUAUUAGCCAUCGCUCAUCAGUAUCCCAACUACGAGAGAGAUGAUUACCGCCUUGAUUCUAUUGAUGAGAGGGCCGAGGACGAUGCUAAAGUAUUGCACAAGACCACUGCAUCUGCUAUCUCUACCAAUUUGAACAACCGCAACGCCUGCCAUGAAGCGGCAAGCUCAGCAUACACAACGACUCACUCUACUGUCACCACCACCACCACCACCACUACAGAGAAUAUGCUUGUCUGUUCGACCGUCAUACCUCCUGAGACCCCCCUUGAGCAUUGGCUCUACACUAGCGAGAUUGAUGAAAGAGCCUUGAAUGUUCUCAACAGGCCGGAUAUUGCAGGUGCCCAAGUACUCUACAAUUGGAAAUCUCUCGAGUCAAAUAAAGGCGAAUACGACUUUCGCGAGAUCAGGAACGACAUGCAGCGCGUGCAGGCUAAGGGUAAGAAGUUUUGGAUUCAGCUUCAAGACAGAUCCUUCAGCCCACAACUCGACCCAGUACCUAGGUACAUGAAAACAAAUCAUUACAACAACGGCAGUGCACCGCAAUGCGACGGCGAGUCAUGCGAUAAACACUUCAAAAUAGACGGAUGGGUUGCACAGCAAUGGAAUCCUCGGGUACGAGAGAGAUUCCAGGCACUGCUCAAGGCCAUGGCCGAGGAAUUGAAUGGCAAGAUCUACGGCCUCAAUCUCGCGGAAACUUCCAUCGAGGUUGAUACGCAGGCAAAUAACUACACACACGAGGGCUACUUUCUCGGUGAGCUGGAAAAUGCAGGAUACGCAGCCAGUGUAUUCAACAAGACCUUUACCGUACAGUACGUUAAUUUUUGGCCCGAUGGAUGGAACAACACCAAUGGCCGCUUCACCAAGUCAUUUGAAUUCUUUGCAUCGCACUGCGUUGGUGCUGGGGGACCUGAUCUUGCUCCAUACAGGCCAGGGCAAGUGGCAAACUCGUAUCCGUUUAUUGCCGAGUAUCGCAAUAGUCUGCCUAUCACGGUCAUGUCUGUUCAGGAGCCCACCCUAAAUUACACCAACCCCAAGACUGGGUUCAGAUAUACAAAGACAGAGUUUGUCAAAUAUGCUAACGAAGUACUUGGUGUCAAAAUCAUAUUUUGGGCAGCAAAGACGCCUUGGUUGAGUUCAACAGGUGUAGCUAUAUAG